AUGGCGGACGAAAAAUACGUUGAGAAAAGAGCAGCAGCAAAAGUUCCCAUUGCCGGGAAACGGAACAUACUAGUAACAAGUGCUCUGCCGUACGUCAACAAUGUUUCUCACUUGGGAAAUAUCAUCGGCUGUGUGUUGAGUGGCGAUGUGUUUGCUAGGUAUUGUCGAUUGAGGGGAUACAACACUAUAUACAUUAGUGGAACUGAUGAGUAUGGAACAGCUACCGAAACUAAAGCAUUGGAAGAAAAUUGCACCCCCAAAGAAAUUUGCGAUAAAUAUCACGCAAUUCACAGAGAUGUAUAUAAAUGGUUUGAUAUAAGUUUUGAUGAAUUUGGACGAACUUCAUCGCCACAACAGACCGAGGUUUGCCAAGAAAUUUUUAAAAAGUUAUUGGAUAACAAUUGUCUUUCUGAGGACACUAUGCAGCAGCUUUACUGUGAUAAGUGCCAGAAAUUUUUAGCUGACCGCCUUGUUAUAGGUACCUGCCCAAAAGCAGGUUGUAAUUAUGAUGCGGCACGAGGUGAUCAAUGUGAAAAUUGUGGCAAACUAUUAAAUCCAACGGAACUUAUUAAUCCUAAAUGCAAGGUUUGUGAAAAGAGUCCUCGUAUCCGUGACACAAGUCACUUGUUUCUUGAGCUUCCACUGUUGGAGGAUAGACUGCGGGAGUACAUUAGCAGCAUGUCGGUGGCUGGAUCAUGGAGCCAGAAUGCUAUUCAAGCGACAAAUGCAUGGCUCAGAGAAGGCUUAAGGCAGCGGUGUAUUACUAGAGAUCUCAAGUGGGGGGUUCCUGUCCCUCAUGAGAGAUUCAAAGACAAGGUUUUUUACGUCUGGUUUGAUGCACCGAUUGGGUAUGUCUCGAUCACUUCGUGUUACACACCUGAGUGGAGAUUAUGGUGGCAAAAUCCUGAAAAUGUGGAGUUGUAUCAGUUUAUGGGAAAGGAUAAUGUACCCUUUCACACUGUAAUGUUUCCCUCUACUCUUCUUGGAACUAAUGAGAACUGGACAUUGAUGAAGACCAUCAGUGUAACAGAGUACCUAAACUAUGAAAUAGGUGUGUUUUAUGCUUUUCUCUCUACAGAAAGUAAAUUCUGGAAGCUUUACAAGGAAGAUCUACCUUCAUGUUCCAUAGUCAUGAAAACUUCAGUGGGAGUAGUUUAUCUUCUUGCUUGCCUGUUAGAGCCUUUUAUGCCCUCAUUUUCCAUUAAGGUACUGAAGCAACUUUCUUUGCCCCUCCAACUUUCCCUCUCUGAUGAGAAGGGAGAUGUAGGGAAGGCCAAAAGGCCAUGGGAACUGGUACCUGCUGGCCACAAAAUUGGGAUACCUGCUGGCCACAAAAUUGGGAAAGAUGAGCGUUUAUUUCAAGAACUGAAUGAUGAAGACGUGGAAAAGUUUAGGACAAAGUAUGAUGGCAGUCAAGCUGAACGAGUUGCCAAAGCAAAAAGCCCCACUACUGAAUUGAACAACUCAAAGAGUUUAAUUAUUUUGGCUCUUUGCCUCUCUCUCAUGUUAUUAUGUGUGUACAUACAAGGAUCUUGUUGAACAAGGGUGUUUGCACGGUUUUUUUUGUUAGACUUAAUUACUGAAAUGGUACUUCACGUUUGCGUCAUAUUCUAGUUUCAUAUUUUUCUUUUCGAAA